GCCACUGAAGCUCACCCCCAUGGCUUCCUAGCGACGUCGCUCCCGCUCUCUCUCUUCCUUAACUCCCCCCAUCUACCCUCGCCGUCGCUUUUCUGACGUCGUGGGAAGAGAUAUGGCCCUAUCCGCCGCCAAAUUAGGUUCCUCUCGCGCCGCCCCUCGCAUGAUUCUGCUAAACCAUGCUACUGUAUCGUCGAUCCACCUCAAAUCGUCGCCGAGUAGCAUCUAUGCGCGAGGAGUUGGCCCGCGGUAUUGGCAUCUGAGCAUUGUUUGUAAAAAGGAAGAUUUUUACUGUGGAGGCUCUUUUUCUCUUUUUCGAUCGUUAAUGUUGACAUGGCUAGAUUUGGGCGAUUUCAUUGCAGCUGGUACGCCACCUACAUCCUCUAUAAGCAAGGCUCCAUUGCAGAAAGAUAUUGAGAAUGGUAGCUGCCUUGGUUUAUCUUCUGAGGAAUACAAUCGAGAAGCUUGUCUUGACGCAAGUGAACAGGAGUCCACUGUUAGCAUCACUGUGUUUGGAGCCUCUGGUGACCUAGCCAAGAAGAAAAUAUUUCCAGCCCUGUUUGCACUUUAUUAUGAAGAUUGCCUUCCAAAGCAUUUUACUAUAUUUGGUUAUGCACGAAGUAAAAUGACUGAUGCGGAAUUAAGAACCAUGGUUAGCAAGACACUUACAUGCAGAAUCGAUAAACGGGAGAAUUGUGGUCAGAAGAUGGAACAAUUUCUUGAAAGAUGCUUCUAUCACUCAGGUCAAUAUGACUUGGAGGAAAGCCUUGCUGAGCUCGACAAGAAGCUUAAAGAGCAGGAGGCUGGGAGGUUGUCAAACCGACUUUUUUACUUGUCAAUUCCACCAAACAUAUUUAUAGAUGUUGUAAAAUCUGCAAGUAAGUCAGCUUCUUCCAAGAAUGGCUGGACCAGGGUGAUAGUUGAAAAACCAUUUGGGAGGGACACUGAAUCUUCUGCUGCUUUGACAAGAGGUCUGAAACAAUACCUGGAGGAGGAUCAGAUUUUUAGAAUUGACCACUAUUUGGGUAAGGAACUUGUUGAGAAUCUAUCUGUCCUACGGUUCUCAAAUCUUGUCUUUGAACCGCUAUGGUCUAGGCAAUAUAUCCGGAAUGUGCAGUUGACCUUCUCUGAAGACUUUGGUACAGAAGGACGUGGAGGGUAUUUUGAUAAUUAUGGUAUCAUUAGAGAUAUCAUGCAGAAUCAUCUACUUCAGAUUUUCACCUUGUUUGCAAUGGAAACUCCCAUCAGCUUGGACGCAGAAGACAUCAGGAAUGAAAAGGCGAAAGUUCUCCAUUCUAUGAAACCAUUGCAAUUAGAAGAUGUGGUGAUAGGACAAUAUAAGAGCCACACUAGGAAUGGUAUUUCAUAUCCUGGGUACACGGAUGAUAAAACUGUACCCAAAAACAGCCUUACUCCGACAUUUGCUGCAGCUGCACUUUUCAUAGAUAAUGCAAGAUGGGAUGGAGUCCCAUUUCUCAUGAAGGCUGGGAAAGCUUUGCAUACAAAGCAAGCUGAGAUCAGAGUUCAAUUCUGCCAUGUCCCUGGUAAUCUUUACAAGCGAUGUUUUGGAACUGAUAUUGAUCUUGCUACAAACGAGCUUAUCAUCAGGGUGCAGCCUGAUGAGGCUAUAUACUUGAAGAUCAACAACAAACUUCCUGGAUUGGGUAUGAAAUUGGACAGAAGCAAUCUCAAUCUUCUUUAUUCCUCGAGAUACUCUAAGGAGAUACCGGAUGCAUAUGAACGUCUACUACUUGAUGCCAUUGAGGGAGAACGAAGACUGUUCAUUCGCUCUGAUGAAUUGGAUGCUGCUUGGGAGUUGUUCACGCCACUGCUUAAAGAGCUGGAGGAGAAGAAGAUUGCACCGGAGCUCUACCCUUACGGGAGCCGUGGGCCUGUAGGAGCACACUACCUUGCAGCAAAAUACAAUGUCCGCUGGGGUGAUGUCAACACUUCAGACAAUCUCUUCCACCAAUUGCAAGUUGGUACAAGAAAGAAAAAGAAACAUGAAACCUGUGCUGACUUGAACAAGUUGCGGCUGCCACAUGGCUUGUUGGACAAUCUUCUGCAUCGUAAUGUGACUCAACAAGUCUAAAUCAAGAUUAAAACUUGUCACAGGUAGCUACACUUGAGGAACAUGUAUACAGCCUUAAUUUAAGCGAUUGGACCGUCGCAUUCAUCGCAAGUGGUUAUUGCUACUUGGAAGAAACAAGCCUUAUACCUCUCCUGCUUCUCCCUCUAUAAAUAGUCCGGUAAAACUUCAUUUCCCUUGUAGAACAGAGCACGCGCAGAGUUUGGCAGAAGAGAAAUGGGAAGCCUUCACAAACUCUUCUUCUCAUCUCUUCUUCUUUUUCUCUGCAUCAUUAUCGGAGCCCAUGGAGCUCCAUGUAGCCUGGCAGACAUCAGCAUAAGUCAGAGAAAAACAGGGGGCAUAGCGGAAGGCAAGCCGGAGUACGAGGUGUCGGUGAGCAACAAAUGUCGAUGCUUGCAGUCGAAGGUGGUCUUGAGAUGCUACGGGCUCAGCAGCGUCGAGUCGGUGAACGGCUGGGCCAUCCGCCCGGUCGACGAAGAGAGGUGCCUCGUCGGCGACGGCCGGGCAAUUUCCAGAGGCACGCCGGUGAAGUUCAGGUACGCGUGGAUGACGCCGCAGGACUUCCCCGUCGUCAGCACCCUGAUCCACCAGUGCAACUGAUAACUGAUCAGGGAUCACUGAAGAACUGUACCUGCUAAAAAAACGAGCUUGUGUUUUUCUUUUUGAUUGUACUGUUUGAUGAUACUUAUCAAUGCUUCGAUUUGAGAAAGAACAACAACUUCUUUUAACA